GCGUAUGCGUGUAUACCUGUCAUCUCUUUCGAUUGUUUUACAGGUGUAUACGACAUCGCCGAGGGACACCAUACCUGUCUCUGAGUGUACAUACUUUCUACGGAUAGAGUAUGUAAGAAGUAUAUAAGGGAGUUAGCAGUCUAGUGUAUUCUAUAGAAGUCUGUGGAUACAACCCGGACAGAGUUGAAAUCUUCUUCUGUUAGAUGAACGCGGACCACCGAGUGAGAGAGUUUGGGAGAACCAAGAGAUCGUCGUUUGACAGACGGAAAUGGCAGCGGAGAUAGACGGCGAGCAGUCACAUCCACAAUGCAUCAAAUUACCCCCUACUGUCGAGGUUUUCGCCAAUUUGAGAAACGCACAAACAUUCGCGAUCGACAUCGGUCUGUCGUUGACGAAAAUUGCGUAUUAUUCAACAAUAAGUUAUCGCAAGGCACUUUAUGAGAAUGCAGGCUUGGGAAAUAGCGGAGAACGAGCGUACAAAGUAUUUGAGGGUAAUAGACUGCAUUUUGUUAAGUUUGAAACAAGAUAUAUCGAGAACUGCUUAGAUUUUGUCAAGGAGAAUUUAGUAGAUGUUGAGCGGUUUCAUGGCAAAAGUAUUAAAGUAACCGGAGGGGGAGCGUUUAAAUAUACUCCAUUGCUGCAAGAAAAAUUAGGAUUAUUAGUCGACAAGGAAGAUGAGAUUGAUUGCCUUAUAAAAGGCUGCAACUUUUUACUGAAAAAUAUACCCUGUGAAGCCUUCGAAUAUGAGCGACAUGCAAAUCCAGAGUAUAAUUUUCAAAAAGCCAGUCCUAAUAUAUUUCCAUAUCUGCUAGUUAAUAUUGGCAGUGGUGUCAGUAUUCUUAAAGUAGAGUCUGAUGAAGUAUUCGAAAGAGUUGGAGGUACAGCUACAGGAGGAGGUACAUUUUGGGGAUUAGGAUCUUUGCUCACAAAGAGAAAGGGCUUUGACGAAUUGCUGCAACUUGCAGAACGAGGAGAUCAUCGUAAUGUAGACAUAUUAGUGAAGGACAUUUAUGGAGGUGAUUAUUCCUCCCAAGGUUUACCUGGAGACCUUAUUGCAUCAUCUUUUGGCAAAGCAAUGUCAUGUGGACCGCCCAAAUUUUCCGAAGCUGAUCUUGCCAGGAGUUUAUUGUUUACUAUUAGCAAUGACAUUGGCCAAAUAGCUAGUCUAUAUGCUACAGUGUACAGUAUGGAUAAGGUUUAUUUUGGUGGUUAUUUCCUUCGUAACCAUCCACUAUCAAUGCAUACCGUCUCAUACUCCAUCAAAUAUUGGUCUCAUGGUAAGGUAAAGCCUCUCUUUCUUCGCCAUGAAGGUUACCUUGGCGCGAUUGGAGCGUUUUUGUACGGCACUGAACAAUCAGAUAAGUGCAGCUGGUUGGAAAACUAUGCUGGGUCAUCCGGUUUUAAGGAUUCUGUGUCAACUAACCUUGGAAUUAAAGUUGAUCAGUUGGAAAUUGAUCAAGCAGAGAAUGCUGUUACAUUCUGUCCUCUGUUGAAAGAUCCAGCAACUUAUAAUCCUGAUACUACAGACCUUGCUCAAGAUAAAGAGGCUAGAGAAUACUGGUUGCAGUGUUUUGAAGAAUCUGUAGAUAAAUUUGUAGCAAGAGCUAUUCAUAGUCAACCACACAGUCCAACGGCAAAAGACAGAGCGUCAAAGCUUAAAGAGAAAUAUAUCAACAGGUUACACUAUCUUCAUGCGCAGCCAUUUGCAUAUGGAACGCUUACCGUUAGAAUAUUACUGGAUACCAUUGAACAUUGUAUGAAGGAGUUCGACUUCCCGGAUCCAUAUUUACAUCAAAAGAAAAAAGAGAAUGAAGAAGCACUGAGACAUCUACAUAAUCGUAUUAUGGCUAUAGACAAGUUAGAAGGUGCAGAGAAGAUAAAAGCUUUAAUUUUAGGUGUACUCAGUGGCAAUAUAUUCGAUUGGGGUGCGAAAGACGUUGCGCAGCUAUUGGAAACUACUGACUUCGGCUUUGAAGAAGCUCAAGCAAAAAUUCCAGGUAGACCAUGGCUACAGGACAAUUUAGAUAGCUGGAUAUAUAGAUUACAAAACGGGCCAUCUCAUAAAUGUGCGGCCGUUUUCGUCGAUAACAGCGGCGUAGACAUAGUUCUCGGGAUCUUGCCAUUCGCGCGUGAUCUGUUACAACGAGGAACCAAAGUAAUAUUGUGUGCUAAUUCAAUGCCAGCUUUAAAUGAUGUGACGUAUCCCGAAUUGGUUGUUACACUACGAGACGCUGCGAAAAUUUGUGAUGUUAUCAAACAUGCUUUAGAAAAUAAUACACUUAUUGCCAUGGAAACCGCGCAAGCAGGUCCUUGCUUGGAUCUGAGUCGUCUGAGUUUGGAUCUGUGUCUUGCGAUGGUGAAACACAACGUGGAUCUUAUAGUCAUCGAAGGAAUGGGCAGGACUUUGCAUACGAAUCUUCAUGCCAAAAUGAAGUGCGAAUGUCUAAAAUUAGCGGUUAUUAAAAAUCGGUGGUUAGCUCUUCGCUUAGGUGGCGAUAUGUACGCUGUGAUAUGCAAAUACGAGGAACCAUCACCAAAAGCAAAUAUUAGCAAUAUUGAAAUAAAACCAGAAACAAUGAAAAAGGAUUGUUCGGCAGAAUGUAUAAGACAACAAGCAACAGAGCUUUGCAUACACGACGGUUCUAACUAAAUAAGCAGUAAAACAUUGAUAUAAGAU